UGAGUGUGAUUUUCAAUUUCUUGAAUAUGAAAUCUAAUUACAUGCAUGUUUUCUGUAUAGGCUCUUCAAACUAUUGGAGAUUCUCUGUAACUUCAAUCCAAGCAAGUUGACGCUGUCCAAUAGAUCAAAGAUUUCUAUAAGAUCUCCAGAAUCAAGAGACAAGAAGAUUCAUUCAUGCAAAACAAAUCCAAAAAGAAACACAAACAAGAUACAUAGAGAGUAUGGUUCAGGGUCGUGCUACUCUUAGAAAGCAAUGAGUAAUCCCUUUGCAGCGUGCUCACCAAGUGUUUGAGAAUAUCACGCAGCGAAAGAUUCCCAAAACCCAAAUUCACGCAGUGUGCCUUGCAUGCCCAUCAAGGCUGAUUUGAAGUGGCCGAAAGAGGCAUGGAUUCUGGGUCAAGAUGUUUCUUCCGGGUUCACUCCUAGCAUGUAUAUUAUUUAUUUCCCUCACUUCUGGCUUCCGCUGUGUGCUCUGCUUCACACUACUGCCUCUCAUCCACUCCCUAUCGCUGCAAUUUCAGGAAGAAGCCCAGGUUUUUUGUUCAACAGGAAGAAGCACAGCCCAGCAUCUUGGUUUUCCAUUCUUCAGUGCAUACAUAAACUCAAUUGGAACAAGUUACAGGCAUGGAGCAAACUUAAUUUGCUGCAGGAUCAUCAACCAUUAGGCGCCAAAAAAGGACAGUCUUUGAGGGUGGCACUCCUUUCACUUUUGAAAUACAGGUUGCACAGUUCAACCAGUUUAAGGCACGCAUCGGAAAGUUCUUCAGAAGGGAGAAACUCCUUCAGAUAACACUUUCAUAGGCUAGAGGACUUUGUCAAGGCUAUCUACAUAUUUGAUAUUGGGCAAAAUGAUAUUGUUGCUGUUAUUAACAGAGUGGGCCAGGAAGAUUCUCAUGCAGUCAUCUCAGACAUUGUGGAUUAUUUUGAAAACCAACUCCAAGUAAAAACUCCACACCAGUUUUUGGGUCUGCCACAGGGAGCAUGGUUUCAAGAUGGUGGGUUCGAGAUUGCUGUGUUAGAUUUGGGUCUACAAACUAGCAAAAACUCCACACCUGUAGAUUUAAAUACUAAGUUUAGAUUUGGUGUUCUACCUACCAUACUUAAUGAAUUAUGAUUAAAUUGAAAACCCAUGUUUUAGUAAAUUAGAUGUAUAAAAUAGGAUAUGUCAAGUAGAUUUUCUUUUU